GCAGACGUGGAGCUCCUUACGCCUGGUUCCCGGCUUCCGUUUUCUCCUCCGCGCGCCGGCAGGAUGGCCCACAAGCAGAUCUACUACUCCGACAAGUACCUCGAUGAGCACUACGGGUACUGGCAUGUCAUGUUACCCAGAGAACUCUCUAAACAAGUACCAAAAACUCAUCUUAUGUCCGAAGAGGAGCGGAGGAGACUUGGUGUCCAGCAGAGUCCAGGAUGGGUUCAUUACAUGAUUCACGAGCCAGAGCCACAUAUUCUUCUUUUUAGACGACCUCUUCCAAAAGAACAACAAAAAUGAAGUGCAGCUGGGAUCAUCUAGUCUUUUUCAAACUUAAUGUAUAUGUGUAUAUAAGGUAGUAUUCAGUGAAUACUUGGAAAAUGUGCAAAUCUUUGAUCCAUGCCUGUGCAUGAGCUGUAUUCUUCACAGCAACAGAGCUCGGUUAAAUGCA